AUGGGGGACACUCUAUCCAAGCGUCUACCAAAUUCUGGCAGGAUUAUUCUGUCGCAGAUAAGCUCCGCAUCAGCCAUCCCUCUUGCUGCAAUACUUCUGUUGGCUUUACCGGAUGAUCCAUCCACAAUGUUCGUGCAUGUUUUCUUCUUGUUCAUUACAGGGUUUUGCAUAUCUUGGAAUGCUCCAGCUACAAACAAUAAUAUGCAAAGAGGCUUUGUUAGUAUUAUUGAUCCUGAGAUGAUAUUAUCAAUAUAUAGAGAAGAAUUAAAUCACGAGCUAUUAAGCUUGAGGAGUAUCUUCUGCCGGCCUGAAAGGGAGCGUCCAAUUUUUGCAGAGAUUGUACCUGAAAAAUCCCGAACAAGUAUUUAUGCUUUGGAUAGAUCGUUUGAGUCCAUAUUUUCUUCAUUCGCUCCCCCUUUCCCGAAGGAUCUGAAGAUAUUGGAACAGACAGAGAAUGCUGCAUCAUUGGCCAAGGCACUUUAUACAGCAAUUGGGAUUCCAAUGGCGCUUUGUUGCUUUAUCUACUCUUUCCUCUAUUGCACCUAUCCAAGAGACAGGGAACGUGCCCGGAUGGAAGCUCUUAAAGACUCAGAGCUGCAACUGGUAGAAUUGGACACCUCGCCUACACGAGGACAAAAUACACAAGGUCAUUUUAGAGAAGAAGAAGAAGAGCAGCUUCAUCAUGAUGAUAGAACCAUUGUUGAAAUGGAUUAUGGAGAGGAUGGACUUGAUUUCGAUGAAACCGAUGAUAAGUUGUUAAUUUACCGGCAGUUAACGUUCUCCAAUUUAGGUGAAUAG